UUUUAAGAACUUGGAUAAUUUGUCCUGUAAAAGAUCCCACAUUCUGGAUCGGCUGAUUGCCUCCUGGAGUUGUUAAACAUGUGCUUCUAUGCCCCAUAUUUUCUGUAAAUGGGUAAUUUAUUUUGGAGACAUGAUUAGAGUCUGUGUUUUAAGAGUGCUUCAUUGUUGGUGAUAUGUACUUCCUAUUGCAUCACAUCAGGAGACUAUCAUUAAGAUUGAUCGGUGAACCUGACUUUAUGAUUGUCUUUCUACUUCUGUACACACGGUCCUUAAUGUUAAAGAUUUUAUUUAUUUGAGAGAGAGUGAGAGAGAUUACGAGCAGCGGGGAAAGGUAGAAGGAGAAGUAGACUUCCCACUGAGCAGAGAGCCUGAUGCAGGACUUGAUCCAGGGACCCUGGGAUCAUGACCUGAGCUGAAGGCAGACGCUUAACUGACUGAGCCACCCAGGUGCCCACACAGUCCUUAAUUUUAAAAGAUAAACAUAUUCUAAAGAAACUCACAUAGGUCAGGUACUUGAGCUGGAAUGACAUUUGAGGGCCAUAACAUGGCCCUCAGAAGCAGGCUCCAUCCUAAGAAGAAGAGAACAGUUGUAUGUGGAGAGGAAGAAGCACUGGGUCAGGGGGAACAUCUUGGAGCUGAGGCCAGUAAGGCACUGGUGCUGCCAGGAGCCAGCUGCCCUUCUGGGACAUUAUGUAAAAUGAUGUAACUAAGUGAAAAAGUGGCAGUGAGCCGGUCUUCUCUCCCUGCUCAAGUCACUGAGCUGCUGUGGUGGUGAGGGAUGCCUGUGAGUCCAGAGUUCUAAGUUGGUGGUGUGUAGGAAGGCUUCUUGGUCUGAGAAGACUUCUGGCUUUUUGGUCCUUAACGUCUUCAAACUUUGGAAGCUGGAAUCAGAGCAGUCUUUUGGUGUUCCAGUGGAUUUUCCUGGGGAGAAUCUUCAGUCAGAGUCUGACAGCCAAGGAUGGCGAGCAAGGGGCCCUCGGCCUCUGCAUCCCCUGAGAACUCCAGUGCAGGGGGGCCCAGCGGUAGCAGCAAUGGUGCUGGCGAGAGUGGAGGGCAGGACAGCACCUUUGAGUGCAACAUCUGUCUGGACACAGCCAAGGACGCCGUCAUCAGCCUGUGUGGCCACCUCUUCUGUUGGCCGUGUUUACAUCAGUGGCUGGAGACCAGACCUAACAGACAAGUGUGUCCAGUUUGCAAAGCCGGCAUCAGCCGAGAUAAGGUCAUCCCGCUCUAUGGCAGGGGCAGCACUGGGCAGCAGGACCCCAGAGAGAAGACCCCUCCCCGUCCUCAAGGACAGAGGCCAGAGCCAGAGAACAGAGGGGGAUUUCAAGGAUUUGGAUUUGGGGAUGGUGGCUUCCAGAUGUCUUUUGGAAUUGGGGCAUUUCCUUUUGGGAUAUUUGCCACAGCAUUUAACAUAAAUGAUGGGCGGCCUCCUCCAGCUGUCCCUGGAACACCCCAGUACGUGGAUGAGCAGUUCCUGUCACGCCUCUUCCUGUUUGUGGCCCUAGUGAUCAUGUUCUGGCUCCUGAUUGCCUAAUGCUGGGCUCCCAGCCUAUAUCCAUGGCAGGGCCUCUGGACUGGUGACAUGCCACACCCACUCUUGAUGUUUGGCUUCCUGGCUAAUCCUGAUCCCUGGAAUCGUGGGGUCAGUAACACAUCAAGGAGUUUUGCUUCUCCAUCAGAGCUUAAGGACUCAGGACCAGUUGUCAAGGACUCUGGAGUAUGGCCACUGCUGUAAACACCCUGCUUAUAACUACUACUCAGUCCUUGGCAUUGAGUCAUCUCUCAUGAGUUACACCAUGAAAUCCUGUUCCCAGCCAGCUCAGCAAGUCCUGACUCUGCACAAGAAAGAGGCAGGAAGAGAGAAACUGUCAGUACAAUUUCACCUGAGUUUAAUAUUAUAAAAACAAAGGGAUGAACCGAAUAGAAACUUUUUUUCAUCUCUUUAAAUACCCCUUGGUGAUUGGCCUCCAAAAUCAGUGGACUCCUCAUAGAGAGGUUUCCCCCUCUCUAUCCCAGUGCUGUUCUGCCCUAUCUCCUCCUCCUCCUCAGCAGAAAUGCAAGAAAUUGCUGUCCUCUAAAGAUCAUAAUUGCAGCAGCUAAAGCUGGAGUCACUUCAUGAAUUCACCAGAGAUCCAAAGAUCUUUUACUGGCUCUGGGACGUGCUCAGUCUCUUUGGCUCCAGAGAGUGGCUUGAAUGACCUCCUGGUUUCCUGGAGUAGAUUAUCCCCAGAGACAUGUGGCUUCAGUCACAGAUUUCCCAUCAUCUUUCCUCCCCAAAUAUAGGCACAUCUGCCAGAGGACGCAUAGUGGAGACUACUGCUGAAGCUAGAACUGACUACUACUCAUUAGGAAAGACCUGCCAGUGGGGCUCUGGUGGGAUUUGGAGCUCUGAUGCAGGAACAACUGAACAAGCAGCCCUGUCCCCAAGGCUACAAAAGCUCUGGGUGCAUUCUCUCAGACCCACCCAAUGGAAACUGGCCGCCUUGUCAUGUCAGCUCAGCUGCAUGUUGAAGACCAUCUUCCCCAGAAGCCAAAUUGUCCUUUAUGAAGAGGCAGGAGUGGGGAGACCCACAUGUGACCCUGGUUUUGGUGUGGCUUGGGUGGAUACCCCUGAAAACUUACAUCUAUGCUAAAACCAGAGAGAAGCAUGAAACUGCAGAGCAAGCAACUCUUGAUGAUUUUUAAAGCCAGGCAGCAGGGCCUAGAGACCCUCAUCAUGUUGAUAUGGUGUGGUCUUCCCCAGGAAAUUUCCAGGGGAAAUCAUCUUCUUAAGCCCUUGACUUGUGUUUCCACUUCACAGACUUUUUCCUCAGAAUCUGAUUAAGGGAGUGAUUCCAGGCAGCAGGACAGUUCACUUGUGGAAUGGUUCUCACUGUGCUGGUCAGGCCUCUUCCUAGAAAUCCAGCCCCUUCCAGCAGAUUCCAGGGAUCGAAGGAGAUGGACUUCCUCUGGGGGCCUCUCUGUCACUACCAGUCCGCACUGCUCCUGGCUCACCCCCAGCCAUAGCCAACAAGUGGUAGAAAGCCCCACCUAGUGCUUUUUUCCAGAUGUGGCUCUGCAUAGCCUGUGGAAACCAAGACCUUGAGGAAGAUGAGGGAAGUCUUCCUCCUCUCCUCUCCACAGGCCCCACCCCUUCCCCUCUGUGCCUGUCAAUGCCAGAGUUCAGUGUUUAAUCAGACAAAAUGUAAGUAUUGAAUAGGUGGUUUUGUUUGCCAAAUCCAUUUGGUAGGACUAAGCCACCAACUUUUUGGGUCCCUGAUGGAUUUUAAACAUUCUUGGGACACCCACUCAAGAGUGCUCUUUUUAUCACCUCCUGGAAGUCCCCAAAGUUGGGGAAGUGGAGUGGGGGGCGGGGGGGGAGCUGUCUGAAUUCUCAGCAUAAGUGAAUUGGUGGGAUCGCUCAGUGUAGUAGUCCCACCUAGUGGUGAGAGAGAGGACAGUUAGAUGGGCCCAACAGAAAUGGGUUUCCAGAAGAAAGGUUAAAAAAGGGUUGUGGGAUAGGAAGACCAAUCACUUGGACUCUCUAACAAAGUAGUAAGCCCAGGAGAACUCCACCAGCAAGGGCAUCCCAGGAACCUGUAAGAGCCAGGCUGGUCAUGUGCCCUUUGAUUUUGAACCUUCUAGGUCCCCACUCACCCUCUACUGGGAGCUGGGGCAGGAGAGCCAACUUGGGACUGCUGGCCCAGCCCCAACAGGAAACCCCCUUCCCACCACCCCUCUGCAGGUUCACCACCUUGCCCCUCUGCCAAGGCAGUUUUCCUUUCUUUUGUGUGUUGUCUAUGUUCUUGGCCUCCACCCACUCCUGCCACCUUUGCGGAUUAGGACCAGGUCCCACCCACAGUCAGAAAAUGACACCAUGUACAGUGGCACACCUUGACCAGUCACUAAUUUUCACUGUUGUGAAAGUGAUUUGAUUUAGAAUUAAACAAAUGGUUUUACAUUA